AUGUCGCCAACUCAAAACAUCCCCGCUGCUUUUGAUGACGAAGCCAUGCCUAUAUCGAAUGGGAAUGCGGCUCUUCUCGAUACUUCUGCGCUGCCUCAGCAAUCCAAGCAGCCAUCAGCCCAGGAGCAUGAGCAAGACGACAAAUUUUCACUUUAUUCUGACGAGGAAGAAGACAUGGAAGACUAUAAAAGAGGAGGUUACCAUUACAUCUCAGUUGGAGAUGUGUUUCAUGAAGGGCGUUAUGUGACUCUCCGUAAGCUCGGAUGGGGCCAUUUUUCCACUGUCUGGCUAGCAAGGGACACAGUUGAAAACCGCCAUGUUGCACUUAAGGUUGUCAAGUCAGCAUCUCACUACACAGAGACGGCAAUUGAUGAGAUCAAGCUUCUCGAGCGUGUCGUUCAGGCGAAUCCUGACUCUCCAGGCAGAAAAUAUGUUGUGGAGUUAUUGGAUCAUUUUAUGCAUCGUGGACCUAAUGGUCUACAUGUUUGCAUGGUGUUUGAGGUAUUGGGCGAAAAUUUGUUGAGUGUGAUUAAGCGCUAUCGCCAUCGAGGCAUCCCAAUCCAUCUUGUCCGACAAAUUAUUCACCAGGUGCUGAUGGGUCUCGAUUAUAUGCACAGAGAAUGUGGCAUUAUUCACACUGAUUUGAAGCCAGAGAAUGUCCUUGUUUGCGUCGAAGAUGUGGAGCAAGUAGUUAAAGGGCUCAUUGGAGAUAUGGACUAUUCGGAUCCUACAGCAAUUGGCAAGGCAAGCCGCUCGGGCAAAGCUAAGAUAGUGGAAAGCAAACCAUUGAUGCAUAGCGUUCGAAGUCCUCAAGGAAACAGUACUGGCUCCCGUACGACUGCUCCAGGAACAGCCCUGUCCACACCUUACAACACUUUGACAAAAAACCAAAAAAAGAAAUUACGUCAAAAGCUGAACAAACAAGGUGGUCAACUAACGAGUGCUGAAGAGACUGAGGAGACUGAGGAGACUGAGGAAAACGGCACAGACAAGCCUAUGGCAACAACGAAUCUAGAAAGAACCAUGAGUGAUAUCAAGUUGGACACAAAAGCGGAUAUAGAUAGCUAUUCAAAAGAUUGUAGUUCCACGGAGGUAGUGACACCUAGGACUAUCAAUGUCAAGAUUGCGGAUUUGGGUAACGCAUGCUGGGAAGAUCAUCAUUUUACAAAUGACAUUCAGACACGGCAAUAUCGGUCACCAGAGGUCAUUCUUGGCGCCAAAUGGGGCCCAAGUACGGAUGUUUGGAGCGUGGCAUGCAUGGCAUUUGAGCUAAUCACGAGCGAUUAUCUUUUUGAUCCUCAAAGUGGUAGCUCAUAUAAUAAGGAUGAUGAUCAUAUGGCUCAAAUUAUCGAGCUAAUGGGUAACUUUCCCAAGAAACUGGCUUUAAGCGGAAAAUAUUCGCAAGAACUCUUCAAUCGUAAGGGAGAGCUUCGUCACAUUCAUAAGCUGCGCAUGUGGCCGUUACAGGAUGUACUGCAUGAAAAGUACCUUAUGCCCAGACCCGAGGCCGAUUUUUUGGCAGAUUUCCUUUGCAAGAUGCUGUCCUUGGAUCCUAUGCAGCGUGCAUCAGCUCAGGAGAUGACACAGCAUCCAUGGCUGUUUGUGAAGGACGAUAUCAUGGGCGACGAAGUCGCAAAUGAUACCACCAACUCGACGGAGGACCAGGGUAAGCAAUAUCUUGAACGGUCGGCUAAACUGGAGGCAGCGAUGGACGCAGACGAGGCGAUUGAGCAGAGUGUAUUUGGUGAUGGCGAUGGCAUGGAUGAGGCUGAGAAUUGA